CAAGCGUAAUGCAUGCGCGACCAGUAGCGUCUCAGCUAUGUAAACGAUAUGUUAUCGAGUUGUACAAGGGUUUGUUAAUGUAGCCGGUGCAACGAGUAUUUGUUUGCCAUCCAAGCAGGCACUCAUCUUCGUUUUCCUUCUCCACUUCCAUUCUACCAUUCUUCCUUCUCUAAUUCGCGUCUAAUCAUCUUUGACCUUGACACCUCCUUCGUCCUUCCUCGCAUUAUGGCCCACAACCACGAUCAUGAGCAUGCUCACCAUCACAGUCGAUUUCAGAUCACCCGAAAGACACGUCUACGGGCUGUGAUAGCUAUCUCCUUCUGCUUUUUUCUUGCCGAGAUAUCGGUUGGCUUCUAUACAAAGUCUCUUGCCCUUGUAGCAGAUGCUUUUCACUACUUGAAUGAUCUGAUCGGCUUCAUAGUCGCACUCGUAGCUGUCCACGUAACAGAGCGCAAAACCUCCCCUUCCGAUCUCUCCUUCGGCUGGGCACGAGCACAACUGCUAGGUGCCUUCUUCAACGGCGCCUUCCUCCUCGCUCUAGGCCUGAGCAUCGCUCUCCAAUCCAUCGAGCGAUUCAUCUCGAUCGAGCAUGUCGAGAAUCCCAAGUUGGUGUUGAUCGUUGGCUGCGUCGGUCUCUUCCUGAAUCUCAUUAGUGCUCUGUUCUUACAUGAGCACGAUCAUGACCAUGGACAUAGUGGGAACGAGGAUGAGGAGAACAUAGUUCCUACACCUAUGCAUGCGAGCCAUAUGCAUAUCAUUGCGAAGCCAAAGAAACAUGGCAUGGAUCUGGGUAUUCUGGGCGUCCUGAUACACGUCAUUGGCGAUGCGAUCAACAACAUCGGCGUCAUUAUCUCGGCAGUCAUCAUUUGGUUCGUCAAGUCACCAUCUCGCUUCUACGCAGACCCGGCAGUAUCUAUGUGGAUUGCUAUUAUGAUUCUUAUCUCUGCCGUGCCGCUCACCAAACGGUCCGGGAAAAUUCUCCUACAGUCUGCGCCCCUAGGAGUCAAAAUUGAGGACAUCAAGCAUGACUUGGAGUCCAUACCAGGUGUGCAGAGUGUGCAUGAACUCCAUGUUUGGCGUCUGGACCAGAAAAAGUCGGUUGCGUCCGCGCAUAUUGUGGUCAGUGACCCGGAUAUUGCAAGCUUCAUGAAAAAUGCGAAGAUCUUUUCGCAGUGUUUACAUGCGUACGGAAUUCAUUCUGCGACACUACAGCCUGAACUCGCCAAAGAAAACACAGGGCAGGACCAUGAAAAUAAGGAGGCGACAUCGGGCGUCACGAGUGCAACAAGCACUGCACGGCCAAGUAUUGAAAAAUGCGGAGUACCGUGUGGAACGUUGUGCGAGGAGCUAAAGUGCUGCAAUUGAUGAUGGCUUUCUUCAAGAAGAGACCGCGAGGAAGAUACCAUAGCAACGGACAGUAAACCAAGGAAUGAUAUCCUUAAAAUUGUCUUGCUUGCCGACUCUCGCAGUAAGAGAUGUAAUGGCGGCCUUAGCCAUACUUGUCUUUUCUAGACCUUCAAAUCUCGGCUCAAUCUUCUACG